AUGUAUGGUGUAGGAAUACUACUUCUUGAUGCAUCGGAAUGGGAACCACUUGUGAUCCAGUCCGAACUCCCGGUAAUGGUUAUGUUCUUAGACCCAGCGUGCCAACCAUGUGUUGAGGUCAUGGAACUACUAAUGGAUCUGGAUACGGAAUUCGAAGAUCGGUUCAAAUUCUACAUGAUAUAUCUUGAGGAGGAUCCUGACAUCACAGCACGUUAUAAUGUAGGAGCUAUCCCGGACACUAUUGUCUUCAAAGGCGGAGAGGAAAUGGCUAGAGUCGUCGGAACUGAUUUAGAGAAAAUUCGGAAGCUAGUGGAGAUAUAUGUGUGA